UAUAGAAGUUCCGUUGUUUCAUUCGUUAGGGGUGAAAAAUAAAAUGCAAUUUGAAGCAUCAAUCUUACAUAAGAAUAUUCUAUGCUACCCAAAAUUGCCAUUGAAAUGUUUGUUGGUGUUUACACCCUAUUAUACAAGAACCAUAUCUAAUUAUAUAGUUGAUAGGCUCCUCCAGCCACAUUGAGUUAGCAGCAAGAUAUAUCCCAAUUCCCAAGUGAACUAGUAAGCUAAUUAAAGCCUUGAGAAUAGAAAUAGUGGGAUGAGUUUAUCAUUUUGUUCACUGAUGACAGCAAAGCCUUGUUCCAUGAUCAAUACUGGGAGCAAUAGGAAACCAUGUUGUGGUCGUAGAAGAUUUGGUGUUAUAAUUAGGUCGGAAGUAAAUGUGGCUCCCAAACAAAGAGGAAUUCUCCGAUUGUCAAAACAAGGAGUUCCUCUUGCUGUACAAGAGGUUGUUCACAGAAAUAUUUGCGCGGAAUAUGCCAAGACCUUUUAUCUAGUUUGGUGCAGAAGGAUGGAUGGACUUGUUGAUGAUCCUAACGCGGUGUAUAUGAGCUCUGCUAUUCUUGAUAGGUGGGAAGAUAGAUUGCACGACAUUUUUAAUGGACAACCCUAUGAUAUGCUUGAUGCUGCUCUUACUGAUAUCGUCUCCAAGUUUCCCUUGGAUAUUAAGGGACAUGAUACAAAACAUGAGAAUGGAUACGAGGAAAGCCCGAUACAACAAUUUUCAAGAGUUAUAUCUUUACUGCUACUAUGUGGCGGGAACUGUGGGCUUAAUGACUGUUCCGAUAAUGGGCAUUGCCCAGGAGUCUGUCAUCCCAAUUCAAAGUGUAUAUGAUGUUGCACUAUAUCUGGGUGUAGGAAAUCAACUCACAAACAUUCUUAGAGAUGUGGGGGAGGAGUUUGGUCAUCAUUAAUAUUGUAUCGUAAGAUCUUGGAUGCAAUUGAAGACAACGAUUACGACAAUUUGACUAAACGAGCCUGUGUGGGAUGUGCCAAGAAAUUUUUGACAUUGCCCCUAACUUACACUAGAUCUCUCUCAAAUCCCAAAAUGAAACUUGGUCCUUCUUUAACGAGGCCUAUCUAGCUAGCAAACUAGUCCAAUGAAAUACAUACAUUGGCUUCCUAGUACAGAUGAUAGGCCUUUUCUCCCAAGAUAAUAUGAAUACUUCUGCUUGGUUUUGGUUUUCGGAGAAAGGAGAAAGUCCCGGAGGAAAACCCCUAGAAUCUUACUAGCUACUUGUUGAUUCUUGUGUCAUUUCUUUGGGGUUAAAAAAUUGUGCAAAUUAGUGUACCCGAAAAGAUAAAAAUUCCGAAUGUGCAUUUCAUUUCUUUCUCUUUAAUUAACCCCACUCUCCCUAGUCCCUAUACCUUAAGAAAGGGUCCUUAAUUUUGAACCAAUGUGUGUGUAUAUAUAGAUGCGGAGAGAGAUAUUAAUUAGAAUAAUUUCAUUGGAAAAGUAUUCAUGUAAGAAAUUAUAAGUAUUAUGAUAUGAGAGACAUAAAGAAAAAUUAUGGGUGUU